CCUGCAGCCCCUCAGCCCCGCCAGACAGCGACCUCCCUUCCCACAUCAUCUACCGGUCUUGGUUCUCACCCUACAGCUACUUCAUAUCCGCCAAAGCAGCCAUCCCUCAGCACUGGGGCAGCUUCUCCUCCUGCCCGGCCACCUGCACCCAGAAGCCCGAGGAGCCUGAUGACCUCUCGGAGAUCGUCUGCUCCUCUUCUGGCUCCUCGGAUAAGCCCCAGCUGCCCAGGGGGGACAGCCUGGCCAGCAGCACAGCCAGCAUCACGGUGUGUGACAUCCUCACUGCUUCCCAGCGCCAGCCAGCGUCCCAGCACGGCUACCAGUGCGUGUCAUGCUGCCGCAUGUUCCCCACACUGUGCUCGCUCAAGACCCACAUCCAGCACAGCUCGAAGGAGGGCUACAGCUGCAAGGUGUACUACCGCAGGCUCAAGGUGCUGUGGGAGAAGGAACGCAAGCAGCAGGAGGCUGCAGCCCCCCAGGCGCCCAUAUAG